AUGCACACAGUCACUAAUAUGUUCAUUGUUAACUUGGCUUUCUCUUGCAUACUAGUCACCGCUCUUAACAUCCCGCUGAUGCUGGUGCGCCUUGUGUUGGAGGAGUGGCCGUUUGGUUCCUUCAUGUGUCACUUGCUCAACUUUAUAUUGAUGUCAUCCGUCUAUGUGUCCACUUUCACACUGAUGGUCAUUGCGCUGGACCGCCAUCAAGUGAUCAUGUACCCGCUUCGUCCACGGAUUUCAUUACCUGUUGGCGCCCUUAUUGUGGCUUUCAUUUGGGUCUUGGCUAUCGGACUCUCUAUGCCGUUUGCCAUAUAUUCCCGUGUGGAGGACGUCCAUGUCAUCGUUCGCACCAAGCGANCUGCGAUACUGACUGCGUCUUUUGUGUUUGCCAGCUACGAUGUCGAUUAUGACCAUGUUUUGAGGGCGCUCAGUUUUGACGUAGAGAGUGGACACCAUCUUGCAUUUCAGCAGAUCCUGUCUGGGUUCAGUGCUCUCCUGGUUUGGGACAACAAGAACCUGUAUUACUCUCCCAGCUGUGGGCAGACUGUGUUACCAGUUCAUCUCUACAGUACCAUUAGGUGGAACGAAACCAGCUUUCUUUCCUCUGGGGAAACCUUUCGACAAAUCAUAACUGGUCCUGAUGGGGAGUUUGCUGCCGUGACAACAGAAAACAGACUGUUCUAUGGUAGAGAAGGCCACAGAGCUGAUGCAGUAGAGAUCUACAACCUGGAGACCCCUUUGAGAGACACCUCUGUCCUUCUUUUCUCAGCUGAUGGAGAUUUCAUCGAAUUUUACGACGACAGAACUGACCCCAGAAGGAAAUUAUGGCUGAAGAAGAGGGAGAUAGACCUGCAGCAGCAUCUCAGGGCUAUAGAGCCUCCCUUGACAAAGUGCCAGUAUCAAGCUCUAGGGGCUGAUUUUCAAGGCAAAACCAUCUAUAUUGACAUCAACACCAAGACACAGAUAAUUGUGAAUCUUAUACCACAGCCGGGAGUACAGAACCAAUUAUUGUUAAGUAUGUCCAACCCUCACUUGUUACAAACUGUAUCAAAUUAUGUCAACUCUCCGUCAGCAGGUGGUGGAUUGUCUCCAAGAACACUGGUGAGAAUAUAG